AUGGGCAAUCAUACAACAGUGAGCACAUUCUUUCUGUGGGGUUUUUCCAAUGUCCCAGACCAGCAAGGACUCCUCUUUGUGGUGAUUUUUUUCUCCCAUGUGACCAUCCUGACUGCAAAUGUGUCCAUAAUGGUGGCCAUCAGGCUCAGUCACAACCUUCACUCCCCCAUGUACUUUUUCCUCUGUGGCUUGGCCUUUUCAGAAACCUGUACCACGAUGGUAAUCAUCCCCCGCACGCUGGUGGACUUGCUGUCAGACAGCAAGAUGAUUUCUCUCCCUGAGUGUGCAACACAGAUGUUUUUCUUUUUUGGCUUAGCAGCCAACAACUGCUUCAUCAUGGCUGCUAUGUCCUAUGACCGUUACACUGCCAUCCACAACCCACUGCACUAUUCCAUGCUGAUGACCAGAAAAAUCUGCUUUCUGCUGAUGAUGGCCUCUUGGGUGGUUGGGAUUUUGGUGUCCCUGUGCAUUGUCAUCAUAGUAUUCAGCUUGUCAUUUUGUGACUCCAGUAUCAUCCAGCAUUUCUUCUGUGACAUCUCUCCUGUGGUCUCUCUUGCUUGUGAUUCUACUUACCUUCAUGAACUUGUUAUUUUUGAGCUCUCUGCUUUUGUGCUGGUGGGCAGCUUUAUUUUAAUCAUGAUUUCCUAUGUCUUCAUUGUAACUAUAGUUGUGAAGAUGUCCUCUGCAAAGGGGAGGUAUAAAGCCUUCUCAACUUGUUCCUCCCAUCUCACGGUGGUGUCCAUACACUAUGGAUUUGCUUCAUUUGUUUAUUUGAGGCCAAAGAACAUUGACUCAUUCCAUGAAGAUAUGCUAAUGGCUGUGACAUAUACAAUGCUGACACCUCUGCUUAACCCCAUAGUUUAUAGUCUAAGAAACAAAGAAAUGAAGCUAGCUCUAAGCAAAGUACUAGGAUAUGCAAAUAGGUUUAUUUCUCAGAUGGCAAAUAAAAAAAGCUGUGAACAUUUAGAAAAUGUACAGAAUUUUAAUAAAUAAAAGUGGAGAAAG